AUGUGCGUGAGUCGUGGUGGUGACUGGAAGAUUGUUCUGCGGGAUUUUCCAUCAUGCCACCACGAUUUGGCAGUCCCCACAAACAGCGCUAAUGUACUAGAAGUCUCUAGAAUCAAAAAGGCAAAAGCAGUUGAAAAUGAUAAGGAGUUUCCUCUACAAGCUGCGUUUAGUGCAAUUUAUAAGUUAAACGAAAGAGAGAUUACAGCGGGUAGAAUACGUGAAGCGAUUCUUAAAGCAGCAAAACGAGGAAAUCCUGAAUUCAUAGUGGAAGCAAUAAGGAUCCAUUAUCCUUUCUUGUGGAACACAAAUGAUGAGAAUGGAAGGAACAUAUUCUUUUUGGCUGUUGAAUUUCGCCAAGCAGCAGUUCUUAAUCUCAUCCAUGGCCUUGCUAUGAAGCAUGUAUUUGCAAACAUGAGAGACAAAGGUGCCAACUGUUUGCUACACAUGGCAGGCUUGCCUCCUCCAUCAUCACAUCUUAAUCGUAUCUCUGGUGCACUUUUACAAAUGCAAAGAGAAAUGCAAUGGUUUAAGGAAGUGGAGAGUAUCAUACCACAUAUGAAGAAGGAAUAUUUGAACAGGGAGAAUAAGACACCUAGAGAUCUAUUCACAGAAAACCAUAGGGAAUUGUUAAAACAAGGUGAGAAAUGGACCAAAGCAAAUGCAGGAUCUUGUAGUGUUGUAGCAGCUCUUGUAGCCACCAUUACAUUUGCUGCUGCUUUCACGGUUCCUGGUGGCAAUGACCAAAACAAGGGUUAUCCAAUUUUCUUACAUAAAAGCUUAUUUGUGUUAUUUAUGAUAUCAAAUGCAACAUCACUUUUCAGUUCCACAACUUCUCUUCUCAUAUUCCUGGCACUCCUCAAUUCUCGCUAUGCCGAGGAUGAUUUUCUCAAGUCAUUGCCUUCAAAAAUGAUCAUAGGGCUUUCCACUAUGCUCUUUUCUCUAGCCAACAUGAUGCUGGCAUUUUGUGCAGCACUUUUUCUAACGCUUAAAAGCCAGGCAUGGAUUGUUAUUCCUGUAACUUUUCUUGGUUGUGUUCCAGUUAUUUUUUACAUUUGGUUGCAGUUUCCAUUGCUUAUUGAGAUUAUCAUGUCAACUUAUGGACCAGGAAUUUUUAAUAGAAAUGUUAAGCGUUGGCCCUGA